CGGACAUCGUUACCGUCAAUAUCUCCUCAUCCGGAAAAGCGCUGGUCAGUUGUUCGGUUUGUAGGUAACUUGUGGUUGGUGGAUUAUUUUUUCGCCAUGUCGCUGGGAAGCGGUUGAAUUGGACCAUUAUUCACAACUCAUUCCUUGAAGCACCGUACUGCAUAGCACUCAGUGCAGAAUGGCGACUAAGCGGAUUUGGACCACAGACCAGCAUAUUGAGAGCCAGCUGACCGCCAAGAUAAACAAUGCGAUUCACAGCAGCAGCGCAGACAGACCAUUCACCGACAGUACGGGUUCGGGUACCGGGAAUGGCAUCAAUACCAGCCGGAAUCCCUACCUCGUGGGGGUGCAAUCAAGAUUUCGACGACGCUACUACCACAAAUCCAUCUUUAUCAUACUGAUCGUGGUGAUCGUGAUUCUCCUUAUCGGACUCAUCGUUGUUGCCUGCUUACUGCACUUCCCACCGGCCGUCUGCCAUAGCGCAGAUUGUCUUCGCACGGCAGCGGCUCUCAAGCAAAGCAUGGACACGGGAGUGGAUCCGUGUGAAGACUUCUACCGCUACACCUGCGGCAACUGGGCGGAUGAUCAUCCCCGGCCGGACAGUUACACCAGUUACGACUGGUUUAGCGAACGGCAGUCGAGGAUUUUGCGCAACAUUCGCCAAUAUCUGCAGCUGAACGACAGUACCAGCGAUGAUCCCAAGCCAGUUAAGCAGGCACGGAGUAUGUAUCGAGGGUGCAUGAAUUUGACUGCCAUGGACGCUCUCGGUUAUGAGCCGAUUUUUACGCUACUGAGUGAGUUCUAUCUACCGGACUAUCCAACGAUGCUGAACAUUACGGACACGAACUACGAAGACUAUAGCUUCGAUUGGGUGCGAUCCCUAGCGAAGAUACGACAACUGUUCGGGUUCGAUAUUAUGAUAGGUUUCGACGUGUUCCCCGAUCCGACGAACCGAGACUUUAACAAACUGGUAUUGGGAACCCCCGAAAAGAAGUCCGAUUUACCUUUCAAUGAAAACAUCCUACAGCACAUAACGAAUGCCAAACACCGGAUCAUGGUCAGCGAAAAGGAUGAUGAUGAUGACGACGAUGAUGCGGAAGAGAACACAAACUAUAUGAAAGCCUACAAAACCUUCAUGAUAGGAACUAUGAAAAUUCUUGUUAACAAUAGCGACCCAAAAACUGAUCUGGACGGUUUCAAGGACAGUUUCACGAAAGCAGCUGACGUUUACGUCAAGAUGUCCAAGGUUUUGUUGAAGCUAGACAAACUAGCGGAAAAUUCCUCUAAGAGCAACUUGGCGGAGGAUUCGCUCAAUCUGCAAGAUCUGGUGAAUACCACCGCUCGGGAGCUACAGGCACUCACCGAUCAGUUUCUGGCACCCAGGGAUCCACUGCCGAUCUGGGAACAGUACUUAGAUGAAGUCUUUGACGGUGUCCCGGAGGCGCAGCUGAACCUGAACGAAGAUCUAAUAUUGACAAGCAACGCCGAUAUCUACUAUCUGCAGCUGUUGACAGACUACCUAUCGCGAACUCCCCUGGUUCACAUCGAACUGUUCAUCUGGUGGAACGUAGUCGAGGAGCUUAUCCUGCAUACCACCACUGAAAUCAGGAAGCUGCACUACGAGUACUACAAGGUGACAGCCGUAACGGAAGGAUUUACACCGCGAUCGCUGUACUGUGUGGGAGCGGUCAACAAGCUCAUGGGUAUGGCCGUAAGCUACGCAAUCGCCGAUAAGCACUUUCUGCGAGAUACUAAACCUGAAAUGCAGAGGAUGUUGCGUUACAUACAGGGUGCAUUCGAGCGGCUGGUUCGCGAUGCCACCUGGAUGGACUGGAAGACCAAGCGAUCCACUCUGGAUAAGUCCAAAGCUAUGCGCAGUCUGAUUGGUUUUCCUGAGUGGCUACUGAACCAAACGAAACUGGAGGAGCACUAUGAUAAGCUGGAGAUAGAUGACGCACAACAUUUGGACAACAUGAUGCAGGUCAUCCAGCUUAGAAACAUCAAACAGCUACGUCGAUGGCGGCUGAAGAACGUUCUGAGUUGGGACACUGUCCCAACAAACGUGAAUGCAUUUCAUACCUUUCAGGACAACGCCAUUACCGUUCCGAUCGCCAUUCUGCAGUAUCCUUUCUACCAUUUGACUGUUUUGUGCACCCAAUCGAACGUAGGCGCGCACCCAUCGCACAAUGCUACUACCAAUAACGCACGCGUGUCUUCCGAAUUGCGAACACUUGCAAAUUGCUUGUUUUUUCCACCAACUUUUUCAUCAGUUGUUAAGGUUGCCUAUUACGCCUAUUCCAGAGCACUGAACUACGGAGCCAUUGGGACGAUUUUGGGACACGAAUUGACCCAUGGGUUUGAUGAUAGUGGACGUCAGUUUGACCAGGGAGGUAACCUCAAGCAAUGGUGGUCUAACAGCACCAUCCGAGAAUACGUUAAUCGUACUGCAUGCUUCGUGCAACAAUACAGUGGAUAUUACAUCGACGAAGCGAAGGACUACAUUGAUGGCCGACAAACCCUAGGGGAGAACAUCGCCGAUAACGGGGGCGUUCGGGAAGCGUAUUAUGCGUACAAAAUGUACGCUCAGCUUGAAGGCAAGGAGCCACUGCUGCCGGGCUUCGAGAACUACACUCACGAGCAGCUGUUUUUCAUUUCCUACGGAAAUCUGUGGUGUGAAUCUCACACUGCAUCCGCGGCAAAAGCAGCCCUCGAUGAUACUCACUGCCCGGGUUGGGUACGACUGAAAGGGGUUCUCAGUAAUUCGCAGGAAUUUAGCCGGACAUUCGGCUGCCGGCCGGGAAGUGGUAUGAAUCCAACCGGAGACAAGUGUCGAAUUUGCACCUCGACAAAUCAUCUUCUAAAAUGUCAGAUUUAUGUAACUCCAUCUCGUGAUUUCGACAACCAAAAGAGAACUGGUCUUCAGCAAUGUUGUUCAGGAGGUCAUGGGGUUGUCUUCGGUGGACAGUAUGGUUUGAAAUUCGACCGCAAUGCGGCGCUGGAUCACACAAAUGGGCUUGGCCGCUUAAAGAACGAAAACGGUCAGUUCACAACAGACUCUCAGGAAACACUUAGUGUCAUGAUGGAAACACACUUCCCAGGCUCGACUCAAUUGACUUCCGGAAAUGCACAGGACUUCUAUAUGGCUCAACCUAGCUCAAUUCACGACAAGGUUAAAGCUCAAGAAUUAGCCAGUCCGCCCAUAAGUUCCGUGUGGCAGGAUUUUCCCACAGACGACGUCCGAACGGCACUAAGUCAGGUCAAAAGUAUUCAUUCUAUUUACCAUUAUAACAUCAUUCCAAUACCAUUUUUCUGUUGGGUUUCUUUCAGCUCCUGUCGCGUUUUCUGUCGAAGGUUUUUUAUUUGUAUUUUACUUCUCGCGGUGGUUCUGCUCUCUUCCGUUAUAUACGCCGCCAUACGUUAUGCAAGAAGUCUGCCAGACGUUUGUCACACCAAAGAAUGCCUACGAUCCGCUGCUGCCUUCAAGCAAAGCAUGGACCUAACGGUAGAUCCCUGCGAGGAUUUCUACUCGUAUGUGUGCGGUAACUGGGCAGACGAUCAUCCUCGUCCGGAAGCUCGCGGGGAAUAUGAUUGGUUCGGUGAACGGCAGAUCAAAAUCUUCCGCAAUAUUCGAGCUAAGCUGGAGACGAAUGCUAGCAAGUCGGAUCCGAAACCGGUUGCACAAUCGAAAGCGAUGUACAAAUCCUGCUUGAAUUAUGCUACUCGAAAGCGGGAAGGGUUCAAAGCUGUGGGUAAGUAUUUGAGAGAGUUUGGACUACCAGCGGUUCCUACGCUACUCAGUCAAUCGAGAACCUCAGCCAGAAACUUCAAAUUCGACUGGAUAAGUUCGGUUGCCAAGAUUCAACGAACGCUUGGGUUGAAUGUGAUUAUCGGGUUUGAUAUUGUUCCUGAUCACUUGGAUAAGAAUAGAAACCGGCUGACGCUGGAGUAUUUCUAUUCUCCACCCGAUUUUCAGUUUCCAUUCUAUGAAUGGUCAAAGUUCAAACCGAAUGGUCACAAUCGACUGGCUAGGAGAAUCAAACAGAACAGUGAUGAGGAGGAGGACGAGGAUGAAAAUGAAGAAUCGUUCAACCCAGAGGAGGUUGCCGAAGUGCUGGAACAAACCGUGGAGGCAAUCCAUCCAGGCUUGAACAUUAUGAAAUGGAAAAACCGAUUCCCAACAUUAGCUGAGCAGUUCAUAGACUUUGACAAAUCGCUACCAGAGCGAUAUGAGCCUGAGGAAGAGGAAGAGCCAGAUUAUUUCACUGUCGAACAAUUGCAAAACCUUACCGAUUCAUAUAUCACCCCUAGAAAGCCCUAUCCAGUUUGGCAACGCUACCUGGACGUCUUGUUCGCCGAUAUCCCCGAUGCAAAACCCAAACUGGACGAAAAGUUGCAAAUCGAUAACGGUACAGUCCAAUAUCUACAUAAACUAGUAGACUCUGUGUCGCGUCAGUCGCUAGCUCACAUCGAAUUGUACGUCUGGAGCCGGGUGGCAAGUUUCCUGGUUGAUCACGAGCUAAACGACAUCGAGUCCGAGCAGGAAUGUGCCGAAAAUGUGCACCGAUUUUUUGGCUUGGCCGUUAGUUAUGCCAUUGCAGACUCUGACUUUUUAGCCGAGACGAAACCCCGUAUCGAAAGAAUGCUGAGGGAAAUCGGGACCGAGUUUGAUCGUAUGGUACUCGAAACGGACUGGAUGGAUGCCUACACGAAGUAUGCCUCGCUGGAGAAGUCCAAGGCAAUGAAAAAUUUGGUUGGAUUUCCGGAUUGGAUCGUGGACACCAAAAAGUUGGAGGAAUACUAUGAAGGACUAGAGAUCGAUGAGGGUCGUUAUCUGGAGAACUGGAUUAAUGCAAUCCAAUUUCUGCAGACGGAUAAACUACGCUCUUGGCAAGUCAAAAACAACCGAGUCUGGGACAUGGAUCCGACGGAAGUUAAUGCAUUCUAUCUGGCUGACCGAAAUGCUAUUUAUAUUCCUAUAGCGAUUAUACAGUAUCCCUUUUAUCAUUUAGGGCUAGAAGCACUGAACUACGGAGCGCUCGGUGAGGUACUUGGUCAUGAGCUAACUCAUGGUUUUGAUAAUUCUGGACGCCACUAUGACAAGAACGGAAACAUGAAACGCUGGUGGUCUAAUCAUACAAUACAGGAGUACGACGAUCGGGCCGACUGCUUCGUAGACCAAUACAGUAGCUUUUAUGUCAAGGAAGCAAAGCAAUACGUCAAUGGCAGUUUAACUUUGGGGGAAAACAUUGCCGAUAACGGAGGACUUCGGGAGGCGUUUUGGGCCUACAAAGCGUUUCAAAAAAUGCAUGGCCCCGAACCGAACCUUCCUGGGUUCGAUGGUUUUACCCACGAACAGCUGCUUUUUAUUUCGUACGGAAAUCAAAACUGCCAGAUAAUUUCACCAAGGGCCGCUAAAGGAUUCCUGGAGGAUGAACAUAGUCCGUCCCGGUUUCGAGUACGGGGAGUCCUAAGUAAUAUGCAGGAGUUUAGCGACGCUUUUAACUGCCCGGCUGGCAGCGCUAUGAAUCCUCAGAAAAAAUGUCGCAUCUGGUAGUUUUGGCCUAACCUGAAGUUGAAGACUUAUAGUGUAUACAAAAAACGUUGUCCUGGUUUUUUUAUUGGAACCGUCGACAAGAAGUAACAAAGAAGAAUGUAGGAAAAAAAUAGAUAAGAUUAGUUUCUAGAUACUACCAAUGAUUUUAUUGAAACUAUUUGACAUCUUCAAAAAAGUUUUUCGAACACCUAUUUGUAUUUUAUACUGUAUAUAAAUUUUUUGUUCUUAUUUCUGUUGAACCGUCGGAAUUAAACAUAAAUGAAGGAAGGAAUAUAUUAGAGCAUUGUAAUUAAAAAUAAAUGUAAGAAAUUAGACAAGAUUAGUUUUCGGAUAAAA